AUGGUCGCUUUUUCGAGGUACUGCGCUGCGCUGACGCUGCUGGGAUGUGGUGCAAUGGCGAGCCGAGCACUCACGAAGCGUAACGACACGGAGAGCUACGCGAAAAACCUGUUGCACGAGUCCAUGGAUUGGAUGGACAUGUACUACGAUCCGGAACGGGGUUAUUUGUUCAGUCUCGCAUCGGCGGCACUAGUCCACGAGACAAGAUCAAGCGCAUGGUACGCUGCGGGCCUCUUGGCCAGGAACGAAGCGGACGACGCCGAGCAAGCGGUGCGCAUCGUUACCAAUAUCAUUGGGGCCCAGUUCAAGAACGAAAGCCUGCAGUGGUACGGUGACUACCAAAAGUACCCUGAGGAGCCGACAGUCGGCACUGCACAGUACCCGAAGAACAUCUACAACUCUUGGGAUCCCAAUUGGCGCGGAUUCGUGGGUACUACAUUCGUCCUUAUGCUCGAAGAGUUCCCGCACCUCAUUCCACAAGAGACGCAAAACUACAUGAUCGAGAGCCUGGUCAACACUACCAUUGGAGACAGCUACCGCGUGGGCGGUGUCGACGAUGACAAUCUGUACCCUGCGUACAGCAACCCCUCGAUCAUGCGAGCUUUCGUGUCUGGUUGGGUCGGCCGCAGAACAAACGAGUCGAACAUGACCACUGCCGGCGAGACGUACGCACAAGAAGUCGUUGACCUAUUUAAGCGUGACAACACUCUCUCUGAGUUCAACUCGGGUACCUAUGCCGGUGUGUCGUUGUAUGCUCUUACUCUCUGGGCAAAGUACAUGCCUCAAGACAGUGUCAUGGGUCAGUACGGCCCCGAGAUGAUCAAGUACACAUGGGCCUCCCUCGGAGAACUUUACAAUGCCAACUUGAGAAACGUUGCGGGGCCCUGGGAUCGCAGCUAUGGCUAUGAUAUGAACAAGUAUCUCAGUAUUCUCGCACUGCAAAUGUGGACUCUGGUCGGCAAGGACAAGGCACCCGUAAACGCGAAGCCGUGGGCCAUGGGCCACAAGGACGACUUCGCCAUCUCUCCUCUCAUCGCGAUUCUUGCGCCCUUCCACAACACACUCAUCUCCAACACCACUCUGUCCGCGCUCACAACCUUCCCUGGCACUCACACCGUCAAAACAUCUGCCUUCUCUCCGCCAUUCGACAACUACCCACGCAACAUCACUGCCUGGAUUAGCGACAACAUGACAAUCGGCGCUGAGAGCUUCUCCGAGAACGUCAUCGGCGGUCCAGCCAAGAGCUCCUCUUCCUUCAACCCAGCGGUCGUGCAAUGGGGUAGGAAAGACGGCAGCGUGGGCUGGCUCACCCUGUACGCCCAGGUGUAUGCUUUGGAUGCCGCAACUGGCGAAAACUACCUUGACUUGAGCUAUCCGCGGGGUAACUCCAGCAACGGCUUCUCAUUCUUGGUUGGCACGAACAGCUGGGAUGGCAAGCGCGAUGUUGCGUCGUGGGCAGAUGUGGAGGGUAUUAAGGUCAAUGUCACUGGUACGGUCGACCAGAAUUUCACGGUUACGUUCAAUGGUGCGAAUGGUGGCGCGGGAGAUCCUGUUAACGAGUUCGAGUUUUGGAACUUCACGUACCUGAUGCCGGGGGGAAGUAAGGCGGUGCCGCAGGUGAGACUGGAGUUUGAGCUGGAGUAUUAG